CCAUGUCCUGCACCACCCUCGACAACAACGCCGCCGGCAAGCGCCUCCACGGCAAGUCGCCGGAGCCUACCUCCGUGCUCUACAACCGGAGCCCCAGCCCGCCCACCUCCUCCUCCCACUCCCACUCCGAGCCGCCCCCCAUCAGCGCCGAGGACUGGGAGGCCGUGCUGCUCUCCGGCGGCUCCGACAUGGCCGCGCCGGCUCCCGCCGCCCAGGACAGCUCCUUCCUCCGCUGGAUCAUGGACGCCGGAUACGCCGACGGCGACGGGGACGCCUUCGGCUUCAAAGGCCCCGCCUUUUUCGACCCCAAUUUCCUCUCCCCCCUGCCGCCGCCGCCGAUGCCGCAGCUCCAGCAGCACGGGGAGGAGGUCUUCUCGCUGCCGCAGCUCCCACAGCAGCUCCCCGUCCCCGUCCCACCACACCCGCUCCCCGUCCCGCUAGAAGGAGAUCUCGAGCCGCAGGCAGCGGUGGACGAGCUCCUCGAGGCGGCGCGCCGCGCCGACGCCGGGGACUCCACUGGCGCACGCGAGAUAUUGGCGCGGCUCAAUCAACGGCUCCCCGCGCCGCCCGCGCCGCCGGGGCACCCUCCCCUCCUCCGCGCCGCGGCCCUCCUCCGCGACGCGCUCCUGCAGCGCCUGCCGCCCGCCGCCGUCCCGCCCGCCCCCGUCCGCUCGCCGCUCGACGUCGCGCUGAAGCUCGCGGCGCACAAGGCGCUGGCGGACGCGUCCCCGACCGUGCAGUUCGCCGGCUUCACGUCCACGCAGGCCUUCCUCGACGCGCUCGGCGCCGGCGCGCGCCGCGUGCACGUCGUCGACUUCGACGUCGGGUUCGGCGGCCACUGGCCGCCGCUCAUGCAGGAGCUCGCGCACCAGUGGCGUCGCUCCGCCGCGCCAGCACCAGCACCAACCCUGAAGGUCACGGCAUUGGUCUCGCCUGGCUCAAGACACCCACUGGAGCUCCACCUCACGCAAGAGAGCUUGACGCGCUUCGCGGCCGAGCUGGGCAUCGCGUUCGAGUUCGCCGCCGUCGCGUUCGACCCCUUCAGCCCUUCGCCGCCGCUCACGGGCUUCUCCUCCGACGAGGCCGUCGCCGUGCACGUCACGGUCGGCACGGACGCCUUGGCGCUUGCGCCGGCGUCUCUCCGCGUCAUCAAGCAGCUCCGGCCCGCGGUCGUCGUGUGCGUCGACCACGGAUGCGACCGCGCCGACCUGCCGCUCCCGAACCACGCCCUCAACGUCCUGCGCUCCUGCGCCGCACUUGUCGAGUCGCUCGACACCGCCGGCACGUCGCUGGACGUGGUGGCCAAGGUCGAGCAGUUCAUCCUCCGGCCAAGAGUGGACCGCCUGAUUAUCGGCGGCGACAAGCUGCCUCCAUGGCGGUCCAUGUUUGCAUCCACUGGGUUCACGCCGCUGCAGCUCAGCAAUGCGACGGAGGCGCAGGCCGAGUGCCUGCUCCGGCGCAGCACCAACCACGGCUUCCACGUCGAGAAGCGCCAGGCGGCGCUUGCGCUCUGGUGGCAGCGAUCGGAGCUAGUGUCCGUCUCUGCGUGGCGGUGCUGAUCAUCUUGCUUGACCAACCUGAUCGAGCAGCCUGGUACAGACGCUGUAGUAGAAUGUUCAUCUUGCCAAACUUGAAUCUUUUCAAGUACUAGCCAAUCUUGGUUUGUGAUUUAUAUACUAGUAGCAAUUUGAGGCAUCAACAGAUUGAAAAUUGGAAAUGCCCAAGAAUGUUAACACCAAAGCUUCUACAAGCUUAAUUGUUCAUAUUGUAAUUCCGUGUGCUCACUGUGUACUAUGCCAGUCAUAUUUCAGACUGAUUCAAGUUAAGUUUUUCUGUC